UAUUUUUAUAUACGCUAUGCAUCGUGUGGUGAAAUCUUCAAGCUUUUUUCGUGCUUUGACCGCUUCGGUCAGGAAUUAUUCCGUACCGGCACCUAAAUCGUCUCCCGAAAUUCUCUACACAGGGAUCUUUAUCAACAAUGAGUGGCACAAAAGCUCGACCGGCAAAACCUUUCCCACGAUCAACCCAUCCAAUGAGCAGGUGAUCGCGGAAAUCCAGCAGGGCAGCAAAGCCGACAUUGACCAGGCGGUUGUAGCAGCCAGAGACGCUUUUAAACUGGGCUCACCCUGGCGUCGUAUGGAUGCUUCGAAGCGUGGACAGUUGCUUUACCGUUUGGCGGAUUUGAUGGAGCGCGAUCGGGUGUACCUGGCGAGCUUGGAAACGUUGGACAAUGGCAAACCGUACUUCAUGUCGUACAACGUCGACAUUCCGAUGGCAAUCAGCAACUUGCGUUACUACGCUGGUUGGGCGGAUAAGAACCAUGGCAAGGUUAUACCGAUGGACGGUGAAUUCUUUGUGUACACACGUCACGAGCCGGUCGGAGUGUGUGGACAGAUCAUUCCCUGGAACUUCCCGAUACUGAUGGCGGCCUGGAAGUUUGGACCGGCGCUGGCUACCGGCAAUACCAUCAUCCUGAAGCCGGCCGAACAGACUAGCCUGACGGCACUGUACAUGGCACAGCUGACGAAAGAAGCUGGAUUCCCGCCCGGUGUGAUCAAUGUCGUGCCCGGGUACGGAGAUGCCGGUGCCGCACUAGUCGAUCAUCCGGAUGUGGACAAGGUGGCAUUUACUGGUUCGACGGAGGUCGGCAAGAAAAUUCAGCAAGGCUCGGGAUUGAGCAAUCUUAAACGCACCACCCUCGAGCUGGGUGGUAAAAGCCCAAACAUCAUUCUGUCCGAUGCGGACAUGAAGCACGCCGUAGAAACAUCUCACUUUGGGCUGUUUUUCAACAUGGGCCAGUGUUGCUGUGCCGGAUCGCGCACCUUCAUUGAGGAUAAAAUUUACGAUGAAUUCGUUGAGCGUAGCGCUGAACGGGCAAAGAAACGUACGGUCGGCAACCCGUUCGAUUUGACUACCGAACAUGGUCCACAGGUGGAUCGUGACCAGUAUGACAAGAUUUUGGGACUGAUCGACACUGGCAAGAAGCAGGGAGCACGGUUGGUGGCGGGCGGCGAAAAGGUACAGGACUUGCCCGGAUACUUUAUCCAGCCGACGGUGUUUGCGGACGUGCAGGAUGAUAUGACAAUCGCGAAGGAAGAAAUUUUCGGUCCGGUACAGCAGCUGAUUCGCUUUAAAUCGCUCGAUGAGGUGAUUGAGCGUGCCAACAAGACCGAUUACGGGUUGGCGGCUGCGGUCUUUUCGAAGGACAUCGACAAGGUGAAUUAUCUUGUGCAAGGGCUGCGGGCCGGUACGGUUUGGGUGAAUACGUACAACGUGCUUUCGGCUCAGGCACCGUUCGGUGGGUACAAAAUGUCGGGCCAUGGACGUGAAAAUGGUGAGUACGGUUUGCAGGCGUACACAGAGGUGAAGAGCGUCAUCACUCGUAUACCGGUCAAGAAUUCUUAAACU